CACUACGGUCGCCUUCUGACCUCAACGAUCAAAGACAUUAUUCCGCGGUAUUAGUCGAUGAAAGGCUACCAUGUAAGCCGCCGCUUCGACUGGGACACUCACGGACUCCCCAUCGAAUACGAAAUCGACAAGAGAUUGGGUGUUCUGCACGGAAUGCGGUCAAGAGCAUGGGAAUUACAAAGCACAAUGCUGAAUGUCGAUUCAUUGUGAUGACUUACUCGGCUGAAUGGAAGCACAAAAUCGAACGUCUGGACAGGCGGAUCGACUUCGACAACGAAUGCAAGAAUUACAGUCAAUGGACCUCAGGUUCAUGGAGUCUUGCUGGUGGGUGUUUAAGCAGCUACAACACAGACAGCCCCAUGGCUCAGCGGGCUCUUGGUGACACGGUGGGUUUGGUAGACGUGACGACGCACCCGGAGCUGGUGGAGGAACGGCUGGUGCGGGAUCUAAUCAAGUCGGUUUCAGUGGUUGCGCAAGAAGGCGGGGCUGGUGCCGACGGACGAGGUGUGCAUGCGGCAGCGUGUUGUCUCGGAUCCUGAUGGGGUUGGACUUGGGAAUGUGGUGACGGCGCGGCAAGAUAUGUUUGUCGCUGCGCUGAGGGGGAGGGUUGAGGAGGCACGGGAGGAUUGGGAGGUCAUUGAGGAGAAGGAGAGGCGGUUGGGAAUGUGGUUGUCGUGUUGCAACUUGCGAGGGUUUGAAGGCGCUCGUCCCGGGAGAGCAGUGGC